AGUUAAAUAUCGAAAACUAUAAAGUCAACAUCCGAGCAUAUUGAGGAAAAAAUGUCAUUGUUUUGAUUCGAAUAGUAGAAAUUCCAAACCCUUUUGCAUAGUUUUUCGACCAAAGUUUAAGCAAGGAUCGACGAUGGGCCACCGGAACAUUUGCUGUGACGGCUGUCAGAGGGAGAAUUUCUCAGGACGUCGCUUUCGGUGUUUACGCUGCGCGAACUAUGACCUGUGCGGCGAUUGCUACGACCAGCAGGUGGAGACGCUAUACCAUCGCAUCGAUCACCCCAUGCAACUGAUUCUCGACCAGGACGAUCGGGAGCAUGAUUUGCUCCAAAACGGCGAAGUGCCGGAGCUGGUGCACCUGCCCAAUUGCUUCACCUGUCCGUAUUGCGGCCAAUUUGGGCACACGGCUAAGCGGUUUAUCGAGCACGUCUGUGGGCAACAUCGGUUGGCCGAUGGCCAUGUGGUUUGCCCCAUGUGUGCCGGCCUUCCGGGCAUCGAGCUAAUAGCAAUUCGCAACCUAUCGCGCCACCUACUGCUCAACCAUAUCGAUCAUGCCAAUUUGCUGGAGCCCGACACACCACCACUGCGCCGGAUAAUUGCCCGAAAUCGCAUCCGACGACGUCGCCAAUUACAGCAGCAGCAGCAACAAUCACCACAGCAGCAGCAGCAGCAGCCUCAACAGGCGCAGUCAAGGAGAUCCGGUGUGAUCCUACAGUUGUCGACUGGCCCUUGGCUCGCCGAUCCCCAGCUGGCCAGCAAUAUUGAGCCAACAGAGGAGGUAGCCAAUAAUGAUACCCCGACCCUCAGCGUGACUGUCGUAGAAUCACCGACAGAACAACCGCAGCAGUAUCUACUGCUGGAAUGGAUCGCGCAACAGGAGCUUCGGUGCCAGGACCCAGAAUUGGUCAGUAGUCAACGUAGGAGGCACGCCCUAUUUGCAGAGCACUUGAUGGUCUCCAUGCUGUGCUGCGAGGAACUACUGUUGCCGCAAGAUAGGGAGACGGGUAGCGGAAGUAGGCGUGAAUUGGACUGGGACCGUGAUCGGGAACAGGAAUGCCAUCGUGGCCUGUCUAAGGUCAUGUCGGUAAUGUCCUUGCCGUGGACAAGGGCCUGGCAGGCCACCCAGAUGAACGGAUCGGAGGGGGAGGUCCAGCUCUUGGACACACCCAAGUAUGGGUUUGAUCUGAAUGACGGACGGGGACAGCUGGCGGAAGAAAGAAAAGCCAAGUCGGAGGAGGCCAUUGAUUAGGCCAAUGAAGAAUUUUGUCUUUGUUAUUUUGUGGUUUUGUUUAUUUUUCAAUCAAAAAACAUCUAAAUUUUCGUGCAAAUAUUUAUUAUAUUUAUAUUAUUAAAAUUUAAUUUUAACAAAAAAUAUGAAAAUUAUUUCUGAAAGCAAACAUUUUAAAUUAUUUGUCUUCAUUUUAAGAAAAGAAACCAACUUUGUUAGUUCUAAGGCGGCAACAUCUACUAAUCAAUUUCUAAGUUAUUGUAAUAUUAACGGCAAUUUUGAUGCAACAUAUUUUAAUACAAAAUAAAACCAAUUUGUAUUUAUUUCAACCGGAAAAGUUAUUUCAGAAAACUUGAAUUUUAUAAGAAAUCACAUCAUAAGUCUACGUCAAAGUCACCUCAUAAUUUGAUAUGAUAUUUCUCAUUGUAUGGACCUUCUAAACCAUGACUAGAAAAAACUUAAAAUCAAAUGUGCGGUUGAAAACCUAUGUGAAUGUCUUAUGAAAAUAAGAAAUCAAUUCGUUUUGGUGUGAAAAAUAACUCAGAUUUUUAUUAAUGUUUUUUGUUUGUCGGCGCUUUUGCAUUUCUUAUUCAGUGAAUAGC